CGGGCGGGAAUGGCCUGGGUGUCCGGGGUGCUGCUGGCGCUGGGCGCCGCCGCCGCCGCCGCCGCCCUGCCCGGAGACGAGGCGUCCGAGUGCUUCACGGUGAACGGGGCCGAUUACCGGGGGGCCCAGAGCCGGACGGGGCCCGGCCCGUCGGGGCGGCCCUGCCUCUUCUGGAACCAGACGCGGACCCACGGCGGCCUCGGCCUCGGCCUCGGGCCCCACAACCACUGCCGCAACCCCGACGGCGACGCCCGGCCCUGGUGCUACGUGGCCGAGAGCGAGGAAGGAGGCGGCGACUGGAAAUACUGCGACAUCCCGUCCUGCCGCAUGCCCGGCUUCGUCGGCUGUUUCGUGGACUCGGGGUCGCCGCCGGCGCUGAGCGGGGCCAGCGGCACCUCGACGCGGCUGACGGUGCCUCUCUGCAUCCGCUUCUGCCGCGCCCGCGGCUACGAGUUCGCGGGGGUGGAGGCCGGCUACGCCUGUUUCUGCGGCCACGCGGGUGACGUGCGCCGGGGCCGCCGGGCCGGGGCGGCCGAGUGUGACCAGGUGUGCUUCGGCAAGGCGAGCCAGCUGUGCGGCGGCGACGGCCGCCUCGCCGUCUACCACGUGUCGGUCGGCGCCUGCCAGGCCAACAGCUCGGCUCCCGCCGGCGUCGUCUACUCGCCCGACUACCCGGACGACUACGGCCCCGGAGCCGACUGCAGCUGGCGGGUGGGGGCGGGCGCCGGGGCGCCGCUGGAGCUCACCUUCCGCCUCUUCGACGUGCCCGACCCCAACGACCGGCUCCAGGUGCGCGACGCCCGCACCCGCCGCCUCCUGGCCCAGUUCGACGGGCGACGGCCGCCCCCGGGCCCGGGGCCCCUCCGCCUGCCCGCCGACGCCCUGCUCCUCACCUUCCGCUCCGACCGCCUCCUGCACGCCCAGGGCUUCGCCCUCACCUACCGCGGUGUAGCAGCCGCGGUGACGGGCAGCCGGCCGCCCCCCGCCGAGCCGCCGAGCCCCCCGGCCCAGCCCGGCGCCCCACAGCCCCCCCGGGGGGCCCGAGCCUGGUUCGUGCUCGCGGCCGCCGGCGCCUUCGUCUUCGGCCUCCUCCUCCUCCUCGCCUGCCGCCUGCGCAAGAGGUCGGCCGGACGCCUGGGCCCCUCGGGUGGUCGGGUGUCCCCGCCCGGACGCCUGGGCCCCUGUUGCCGUUCCCACCCGGACGCCUGGGCCCUCGAGGGUGGUCAUGUGUCCCCGCCUGGAUGCCUGGGCCCCUGUCGCCGUUCCCACCCGGACGCCUGGGCCCUCGAGGGUGGUCGGGUGUCCCCGCCCGGACGCCUGGGCCCCUGUUGCCGUUCCCACCCCGGAUGCCUGGGCCCUCGAGGGUGGUCGGGUGUCCCUGCCCGGAUGCCUGGGCCCCUGUCACCAUUCCCACCCGGACGCCUGGGCCCCUGUCGCUGUUCCCACCCGGACGCCUGGGCCCUCGAGGGUGGUCGGGUGUCCCCGCCCGGACGCCUGGGCCCCUGA